AUUUGGAAUAGGUUUAAGCGGCCGUCUCGUUGUCCCCGUGCCCGUAUCUCUCCGCAGCGCACCUGUUCUUCACCGCUGCUCGGUCCGUGACUACAGUACCCACGUAACAUUGCGCAAUGUCCCUCGAUCCGCGCGCUGCGCCAGUCUGCUCGAGGAACCCGUCCGCACGCUCGGCCUUUUUUCUGCUUUCUCACUGUUGCCUAUGGUGUCAACCUACGCCGAGAGAGACACAUCCCUCCCUCUUCCCCCCUCAGCGGCAGCUUCCAAUUUGCCUUCGCUUUUCUUUUCGCCUCUUCCAUUGGCUUGCGCGCUGCCAGUCAAGCGCUUCCUCUUUACAGGAGAGUUGAGUAGCAACAGCUCGGAAACAUCUGGCUGCCGCAGCUCUCGUCGCUCCGCUCGCCUGCUCCGUCUUUCCUGCCACCGCAGGUUGUUAUGGAAAGCUGUUGAAAGUCAAUCGAGUUGUUUUUCUCGCUGAGAGGAUUAGACGGAGGAAGCAGGAAGACGUUGGACCUGGUUGUCUGUUAUGAAGACAGCAUGGAGUUUCCAGACCACAGCAGACAUUUGCUACAGUGUCUGAGCGAGCAGAGGCAUCAGGGAUUCCUUUGUGACUCCACUAUUCUGGUCGGUGAUGCCCAGUUCCGAGCCCAUCGUGCAGUGCUGGCUUCAUGCAGCAUGUACUUCCACCUCUUUUACAAGGACCAGCUAGACAAAAGGGACAUUGUACAUCUGAACAGCGACAUUGUCACAGCCCCGGCCUUUGCUCUCCUGCUUGAGUUCAUGUACGAAGGAAAGCUCCAGUUCAAAUCGCUUCCAGUGGAGGAUGUGCUGGCUGCUGCCAGCUACCUCCACAUGUACGACAUUGUCAAGGUGUGCAAGAAGAAGCUCAAGCGGAAGGCCACAGCUGAGGCCGACAGCACCAAGCGGGAGGAGGAUGCUUCCAGCUGCUCGGACAAGGUGGAGAGCUUCUCAGAAGGUGGAAGCACGGGCCGGCCGGCCACCGCCGACCUGCUGCAGAGCGACGACGAGGACAUGGAGAACAAACGGGACAGCCCUCAGGAGCCAGGGAGCAUGUGGAUGCGUCUGCCUUCCGACCAGACCGCGUCUCCCACCACUAGCCCCAGGGAGGCGGAAACACACGGUCCCAACACUGGCAAAUCUCCUGCCGGCAGCCCCAGCAGCUCCACCGGCUCUCUGUCCCAUCGCUCAGCGGUGUCUCGGAGAGUCUCUGCUGACACCGAUUGUGUGCUUGACCUCUCUGUGAAGUCUGGUCUGGGCGGAGGUCCUGGGGAGACUAUUGCUGGCAACCCUUAUUUCUGCAGCUCUGUGACCCCAGACAGCCUCCAGAGUGCCUUGGUUCAAGUCAAGGUGGAAAAGGACACAGGCUCGGACGAUGACGAACUGGUGAGCGGCGACUACGAGAUGGAGCACAGCGGUGUCAAGGAGCCACCCAGCACCAACGGGACUCACAUCAGCCUCGUUGCACAACGGAGGUUGGGCCUGGAGGCUCACCUCUCGGCCCUGCGUGAGGCCUCACUGGCCAGUGAGCUGGAGCGGGACGACAAAGGAGGCGAUGACGACACAGGGGACAGCGAGCGAGCUCAUGAGGCCACGGGGGUUGAGAACUCCCUGUUGCCUUACGUCUCCAGCAUGCUGGGGGCUCCACAUACUCAGAUCUUCUUGUGCCCCUUAUGCAACAAGGUCUUCCCCAGCCCACACAUCCUGCAGAUCCACCUCAGCACGCAUUUCCGCGAACAGGAAGGCGUACGGUCCAAGCCGGCCAGCGAUGUCAAUGUCCCCACCUGCUCCAUCUGCGGCAAAACCUUCUCCUGCAUGUACACGUUAAAGCGCCACGAGCGGACACACUCGGGUGAGAAGCCCUACACAUGCACUACUUGCGGCAAGAGCUUCCAGUACUCGCACAACCUGAGCCGGCAUGCCGUCGUGCACACACGUGAGAAGCCACACGCCUGUAAGUGGUGCGAGCGGCGCUUCACACAGUCAGGGGACUUGUACCGACACAUCCGCAAGUUCCACUGCGAACUGGUCAACUCGAUCUCGGUCAAGAGCGAGGCGCUCAAUCUUCCCACAGUCAGAGACUGGGCACUGGAAGAUAGUUCACAAGAACUGUGGAAAUGAAAGCUAAACUGAUAGCAGACUGUUUGAACUGCUUGUUAAUUUAAUGAGAGAGAUCUGAGUGGCAUUUUUUGGGGCAAGAGAGGUGAAGGUAAGAGUGGGGCGGAGUGACGGCCGAAGGGUCUGAAUCAGUCAUUUUUCUUGUAUGUACAUUGCAAAUCUUGUUGAAUUGCACUUUACUAGCACAUGAAAAUGUUACUACUGAUUUUCUUUUAAUAUAUUUUCUGGUCUCU